GAGAUUAGAGAGAGAGAUUUAUUACAAGAUCAAUAAAAAGUCGGGGCCCACAAGAGUGGGUGGCUUCUUCUAUAAAAGGAAGUAAGCAGUAGUGAAUAAAAAAGGUGAAUUUGGAAAUGGAUUGAGAUUAGAGAUGGAGAUAUUUAUUAAAAGAUCAACAAAUAUCUGAGGAAGGAGUCCAGCGUGGCACUCCACUUGGAAUCUGAUAUUGCACUUUUUCCACCCAAAAACUAGUUAUUUAUAUCCACACCCCACAAUCAUAAUCCAAUUCCCCUCUCUCUCACUCCCAAAUCAAACGAAUUUGAUCACUCAUUCCAAUUCCAUGAGUGAAGAAGCCAAGAUCGACGACGCCGUCUCCGACUGGGAGGACGGCCUCCCCUCCGCCGACGACCUCACCCCCUUAUCCCAGUCCCUGAUCCCCCUCGAAUUGGCCUCCGCCUUCCGCAUCUCGCCGGACCCGCCCCGCACCGCCGUCGACGUCACCCGCGCCUCCCGCACCACCCUCUCCUCCCUCCGCGUCUCCUCCUCCUCCGCCGCCGCCGCCAAUUUCAAGCCCUUCGGCGACGAUCACGCCAUGGCCGCCGACGACGCCGCCGACGAGGGCUCCGACCCGAAGAAGACCCGCCGCGCCGACUCCCCCGACGAUCCGACGGUCGACAACUGCACCGACGACCAGUCGACGGCCACGGCGAAGGCUCUGAAGCGGCCGCGCCUCGUGUGGACCCCGCAGCUGCACAAGCGGUUCGUGGACGUGGUGGCGCACCUAGGGCUGAAGAACGCCGUGCCGAAGACGAUUAUGCAGCUGAUGAAUGUCGAGGGUUUGACUCGGGAGAACGUCGCCAGCCAUCUCCAGAAGUACAGGCUGUAUGUGAAGAGGAUGCAGGGUUUGUCCAACGAGGGGCCGUCGCCGUCCGAUCACCUCUUUGCCUCGACUCCGCUGCCAACGCAGAGCUUCAACGAGUCGUCCAGCGCCGGCCCCAGCCACGGGAAUGGAAUUGCAAACGGCAGCCAUAGCAGUGUUGAUUGUGCCGAUGCAGAUGAUGGGAAUGGCGCAUGGACACGGCUACCAUGGAUACGAAGCUGCGCAUUCGCAUCAUAGUCAUCACUAUCAGCAGCAGCAGUAUGGGAGUAUGAUGCAGCAGCAGAGGGAUUGGUCUGGCAAUAAGUAUAAUGGCUAUCCGCAGCAUCAUACGACUCAAAACAAUAGCAAGUGUUAGGCAGAGCGGUGUUGGAAGUCGGAAUAAAGGUGAUAAUUGAUUUGUGCAUUGUUGAUUGUGAGUUUCUUUUGCUGAUUGAAAGCUGGUCAUACAGGGUCUGGUGGAUUCAUUGCCUUGGGAAUGUGGCAUGUGAAGUGAACCUCAGCUAUGACUAAUGUUUUGCCAAAUUCAUUCUUUUUAUCCUGUGAAACAUAGAUUUCUCAAUCUGUUAAAUGAGUUUUUUGAAUUAUAUAUUGUGUACUUGCUUUCA